UGUUCUGAUGUUGAUGCGAUGUCGAAGUAUGACUACAUUCCGUCCGAGAGGGUCCGUUUCCCAGAUCAUGAUCACCUCAAUGAAAUCAGGGACAAUCUGCGUGUUUCCGAACCUGGUUCGGUGACAUUUACUGAUGCUGUAUUAACCGUAGAAGUCUCGCUUAACCCUGAAGACGAAAUUGACUACAUCGAGCUCCCGGUGCACGAAGGCGUGAUUUCAUUUAACGUGUUUUAUUUAACUGAACAUGACCGAAAUUCAUGGAAAGAGCUGGUCGUUGACCAUAAAAAGGAUUUCGAAGCUGACGAGCGCGCGCAUUUCGUUGAGAUUCGGAAACAAAUCAUCGCAAUUAAGGUGAUAGUCAAUAGGUUUCCUCAGCAGAGUGAAGCUUCUAUCAAAUUAGUUGUUUUCGGGUGCUUUUAUCGUAUCCAAACAACAACAGUGGAGUUGAAAACAACGUCAAUUCCAACCACGGUCUGUGAAGACCUGGUUCGAUUGAAUAAUGACACUAUUUACGAGAAAGAUGUAAGAGUAAGCGGGAAUUAUGAAGGUAUUCUGAACGCCACUAGCAAUGACGCCAACACUCAGUACUAUCUGCAUCCUGAAGAUGAAGGAUUAGAGACCAUCGUGUUUGAUUUAAAGAAGGAGUAUGUGCUCAUGAAGAUAGAAUUUGAAUCUCAAUUUGUUGAAGAGGUUACGAUACAGAUUUUAAAAUCCGCCGGCGAAAAUCCAGAGAGCCUGGUGGAAACAAUCGUCAACCCUGAGAUUGUUACAAAAACUACCAAAACGUUCCAGGAAAAAGAGUAUAAUGCAACUACCGUCACAUUCGAAUUUAGAAAAUAUACAGUUGAUCUAGACAGACGUCGUCCUAUGGUCAAAAAUAUUUCGGUGUACCCAUGUAUGGAAGAAGAGCCACCUCCUGAGUCGACCACUGCGACUAUAUCAACGUCAUUUACAACUCCAACAGUAUCUACAACACCAUCUACCACUACUGUAACACAAACAUCCACUACGACAUCUGUGACACCUACUACGACGUCAACGGUAUCUACAACACCUUCCACCACAACUGUGACAGAAACUCCUACAACAAGCAGUGUUCCAUCUACUACGACUUCAACGGUAUCUACAACAACUUUAACGACUUCUGUGACAGAAACACCAACAACGACCACUGUGCCAUCUACUACGACUUCAACGGUAUCCGCAUCCCCUUCCACCACUACUGUGACAGAAACUCCUACAACGAGCAGUGUUCACUCUACUUCGACUUCAACAGUAUCUACACCACCUUCCACGACUACUGUUCUAUCUACUACAAGUUCAAUGGUAUCUACAACACUUUCAACGACCACUGUGACGGAAACUCCAACAACGACCUCUGUCCCAUCUACUGCAACUUUUACGGUAUCUACAUCACCUUCCACCACGACUGUAACAGAAACGUCAACAACGACAUCUGUUCCAUCUACUACAACUUCAACAGUAUAUACAACACCUUCGACCAUUACUGUAACAGAAACCCCUACAACUACCUCUGUUCAAUCGACUUCAAAGUCAACGGUAUCAACAAGACCUUCCACCACUACUGUGACAGAAACUCCUACAACGACAUCUGUUGAAUCUACUACAACUUCAACAGUAUCUACAACACCUUCAACGACUACUGUGACAGAAACUCCUACAACGACAUAUGUUCCAUCUUCUACAACUUCAACGGUAUCUACAACACCCUCUACCACUACUCUGACAGAAACCCAAACAAAGACCUCUGUUCCAUCUUCUACAAGUUCUACAACACUUUCAACGACUACUGUGACAGAAACUCCAACAACGACUUCUGUCCCAUCUACUACAACUUCAACGGUAUCUUCAUCACCUUCCACCACAACUGAAACUCCCACCACGACCUCUGUUGAAUCGACUACAACUUCACCGGUAUCUACUACACCUUCAACGACUACUCUGACAGAAACUCCUACAACGACAUCUGUUCCAUCGACUACAACUUCAGAAGUAUCUAAAACACCUUCAACCACUACUCUGACAGAAACCUCAACAACGACCUCUGUUCCAUCUUCUACAACUUCAACGGUAUCUAUUCCACCUUCCACCACAACUGUGACAGAAACCCCAACAACGACCAUUGUUUCAUCGACUUCAACGUCAACGGUAUCUACAACACCUUCUAGCACGACUGUGACAGAAACCCCAACAACGACAUCUGUUCCAUCUACUACAACUUCAACAGUAUAUACAACACCUUCGACCACUACUGUGACAGAAACCCCUACAACUACCUCUGUUCAAUCGACUUCAAAGUCAACGGUAUCAACAAGACCUUCCACCACUACUGUGACAGAAACUCCUACAACGACAUCUGUUGAAUCUACUACAACUUCAACAGUAUCUACAACACCUUCAACGACUACUGUGACAGAAACUCCUACAACGACAUAUGUUCCAUCUUCUACAACUUCAACGGUAUCUACAACACCCUCUACCACUACUCUGACAGAAACCCAAACAAAGACCUCUGUUCCAUCUUCUACAAGUUCUACAACACUUUCAACGACUACUGUGACAGAAACUCCAACAACGACUUCUGUCCCAUCUACUACAACUUCAACGGUAUCUUCAUCACCUUCCACCACAACUGAAACUCCCACCACGACCUCUGUUGAAUCGACUACAACUUCACCGGUAUCUACUACAUUUUCAACGACUACUCUGACAGAAACUCCUACAACGACAUCUGUUCCAUCGACUACAACUUCAGAAGUAUCUAAAACACCUUCAACCACUACUCUGACAGAAACCUCAACAACGACCUCCUCUGUUCCAUCUUCUACAACUUCAACGGUAUCUAUUCCACCUUCCACCACAACUGUGACAGAAACCCCAACAACGACCAUUAUUUCAUCGACUUCAACGUCAAUGGUAUCUACAACACCUUCUAGCACGACUGUGACAGAAACCCCAACAACGAACUCUGUUCCAUCUUCUACAAGUUCUACAACACUUUCAACGACUACUGUUACAGAAACUCCAACAACGAUUUCUGUCCCAUCUACUACAACUUCAACGGUAUCUACAACACCUUCCACCACAACUGUAACAGAAACCUCAACAACGACAUCUGUUUCAUCUACUACCACAAGACCUUCCACCACUACUGUGACAGAAACUCCUACAACGACCACUGUUGAAUCGACUACAACUUCAACAUUAUCUACAACACCUUCAACGACUACUGUGACAGAAACUCCUACAACGGCAUCUGUUCCACCGACUACAACUUCAACGGUAUCUAUUCCACCUUCCACCACAACUGUGACAAAAACCCCAACAACGACCAUUGUUUCAUCGACUCCAACGUCAACGGUAUCUACAACACUUUCUAGCACGACUGUGACAGAAACUCCACCAACGACCUCUGUUCCAUCUACUACAACUUUAACGGUAUCUACAUCACCUUCCACUACAACUUUGACUGAAACUCCCACAACGACCUCUGUUGAAUCGACUACAACUUCAACGUUAUCUACUACACCUUCAACAACUACUCUGACAGAAACUCCUGCAACGACAUCUGUUCAAUCGACUACAACUACAGAAGUAUCUAGAACACCUUCAACCACUACUCUGACAGAAACCUCAACAACGACCUCUGUUCCAUCUACUACAACUUCAACGGUAUCUAUUCCACCUUCCACCACAACUGUGACAGAAACCCCAACAACGACCAUUGUUUCAUCGACUUCAACGUCAAAGGUAUCUACAACACCUUCUAGCACGACUGUGACAGAAACCCCAACAACGAACUCUGUUCCAUCUUCUACAAGUUCUACAACACUUUCAACUACUACUGUGACAGAAACUCCAACAACGACUUCUGUCCCAUCUACUACAACUUCAACGGUAUCUACAUCACCUUCCACCACAACUUUGACUGAAACUCCCACCACGACCUCUGUUGAAUCGACUACAACUUCAACGGUAUCUACUACACCUUCAACGACUACUCUGACAGAAACUCCUACAACGACAUCUGUUCCAUCGACUACAACUUCAGAAGUAUCUAAAACACCUUCAACCACUACUCUGACAGAAACCUCAACAACGACCUCUGUUCCAUCUUCUACAACUUCAACGGUAUCUAUUCCACCUUCCACCACAACUGUGACAGAAACCCCAACAACGACUAUUGUUUCAUCGACUUCAACGUCAACGGUAUCUACAACACCUUCUAGCACGACUGUGACUGAAACCCCAACAACGAACUCUGUUCCGUCUUCUACAAGUUCUACAACACUUUCAACGACUACUGUGACAGAAACUCCAACAACGACCUCUGUUCCAUCUACUACAACUAUAACGGUAUCUAUUCCACCUUCCACCACAACUGUGACAGAAACCCCAACAACGACCUCUGUUUCAUCGACUUCAACUUCAACGGUAUCUACAACACCUUUCAGCACGACUGUGACAGAGACUCCAACAUCGACCUCUGUUCCAUCUACUACCACUUCAAGGGUAUCUACAACACUUUCAACGACUAAUGUGACGGAAACACCAAGCACGACCACUGUGCCAUCGACUACAACUUCAACGGUAUCUACAGCACCUUCCAUAACUACUGUGACAAAAAAACCAACAACGACCACUUUUCCAUCGACUACAACUUCAACGGUAUCUACAACACCUUCCAACAUAACUGUGACGGUAACACCAACGACGACCACUGUGCCAUUCACUUCAACUUCAAUGGUAUCAACAUCUACCGUGACUUCGUCGUCUAUUACGACGGUUAUUCUAACAACAUUCGUAACGACUCCACACGUCUGUAUUAUCAAUUCGUCUUCCAUUCCUGACCUUCCCGACGGAGACAUUGUUGGUUACAUAGAAAAAGAUGGCAUUAAUGGAUUCACGGAUAAAUCUGAGGCCGUAAAAGAUGGUGAGAUGAUAUCGCAAGGUGUGGUUGUGCACAUCAAGUGCAUGAAUUGCUCAUGUGAACAUGGUGGCAAAAUGACGUGUGUACCAGAAGAACCGUGCCGCACAUGCGAUUACGAGCUGUGGGGUGAAUGGAGCAAGUGUUCGGUAACUUGUGGUGGCUCCGGUUGGAAGACGAGGACUCGAAUGUUGUUGUCCGGCAAUAUUCUUUGUCUAACGAAGGAAACCGAGAACCAGCCUUGUCACGAGGGUCCAUGUAUUGCAACGUCUACACCACCCUGCUCCACAUGGUCUACAUGGUCGUCAUGUGACUGCCAAACGAAGUCCAAAAGUAGGACACGUGCUGGGAACUGUGUAGACUACUUUGAAGAAGAAGACUGCUUUGAGGGAUGCACUACUACUAGUACGAUAAAACCAUGCGUUGAUCCGGAGAUUCUAGUUGACUGCUACAAUCUGUGUGAUGAUUCCUGUAAGAAUCUGCGCUUACCAGGAACCUGUGUAGAAUCAGAUACAUGCAGGCAAGACUGCCAAUGUCCUGCAGGCAUGAGACGUAUCCAAGGCAAGUGUGUUAACGAGACCAAUUGUCCAUGUUACACAAAUGAGGGAGAACCCGUUUUGCCCGGAUUUGAAAUGCCAACUGAUAAGCCAUGUGAAAAGUGCAUAUGCAAUGAGUAUAACGAGAAAACUUGCUCCGCUAUUCUUGGUUGCUGUGAGUGGAGCCCAUGGAAUGAAUGGUCAACAUGUUCAGAAACCUGCGGAGAGGGUAUCAGGAGGCGAGAAAGACAAAUGCACGGUGAUAACUGCGACCCCAAUGGACACGAGGAAACAGAGCCGUGCAACAUUCGAGAUUGUCCGCCCGUCUGUCUGCCCGACUACAAUCUUGGUGACGUCAUGUCAAACUGCACCUGCGAAAUUUGCUAUUGUGCUGGAGAUGGCACCAAAAAAUGUGAACCGAAAUCAGACGAAAACGUGAAUGGUGGCCUAACGCCAUGGUCCGACUGGAGCGAGUGUUCCAAGGGCUGCGACGGCGGGACCCACAUGAGAAACCGCUCGUGUACUAACCCCCCGCCUCGCUGUGGAGGCAUGUUCUGCAACGGGAGCUUAGUGGAAUCUGAACCGUGUAACAAGGGCGUAUCAUGUUGUGAUGUCACAGACUGGUCCCCGUGGUCAGAGUGCGACUCAGAAUGCGGCCCAGGCAACAAGACGCGGUCUCGUGAUUACAAAAGCCUGAGCUCAAGGCCCCUGUGCAACAAGUACCUUACAGAAACUGUGUCCUGCACAGAUGUGGAACCAUGUGACACACAAUGCAUCAUGAGCGACUGGACUGAAUGGUCCAAGUGCAGCGUCACUUGCGGUUCCGGUUCCAAAACCCGAAAGAGAAACAUUGAGUCCGGUUCCGCCACAGUUUGUAAUGGCGUGGACGUAUUGGAGGAGGUUGGCUGCCAUGAACUGGAUUGUACCUGCGAGCCUCCGUUCGUGUGGCGAAAUGACUCACUGUGCCAUUCCCAGACAUGUGGCCGCAGGGUAACCAAUGACGACUGUGCCGACAAGCUACUUCCGGCGUGUGUCUGCCCGGAGAAUAUGUACUUUAAAGACGGGGAGUGUGUCAAUAUUGUCGACUGCUUUAUGUGCAAUAUCAACGGGGUUGUGUACAGGAACGGCGAGACAUGGCAGCCGACAGGAACUUGUGACAUCUGCCAGUGCAUUAUGGGAAAGGCAAUGUGUGAACCAGUUAUGGAGUUACCAGUUUGUGAGGUUGGAGAGACGAUCACGUAUGAAGACGGCCCCUGCUGUCCGAAGUGUCGUGCCAUCCAAGCGUGUCAGCUGCACAACAAGACGGAGACCCUCGUGCUCGACAACUGCAAGUCCAAGGCCGAAGUCACCUACCAGUACUGUGCGGGCACCUGCGGCUCCAGCAAGUCAGCGCCAAUGUUGUCCCUGUCCAAUGGUGCAACACCCGCCACGGUUGAUGACUGCAAAUGCUGUAAGGGCACAACGACUGGAACGCGCGAUGUUAUUCUGCAGUGUGACAGCAAUGGCAGUAUAGAGGAGGUGGUUGGCUACCUGCCCCUUAUCACCGCCUGCAAGUGCAACACGUGCGAAUAGAGAAAUUGGGGAAAAGAAAAGAAGACGACCUGCUCGAGAUGUUAUGAAUUCGAAAACGUGUGUCUAAGACAUAUUGUACUUUGUGAAAAGAAAUUACUGUCCUCUUUAUAAGUGACAUUUACAUAUAUAUACUUUACGAAAAACAUUAAAUAAUGUAAUAAUACACAUAUUCAUUUGUAUUGUACUUGUUAGUGAAUAAUAAUUAUUAUUAACAUACAUUUUGCUACAUUUACUACAAUUUGAUAAAGCUACAACUGAAUGUUAUGUUAAAUAUAAACAUAAUUUAUCUUAAUUAUUUCUAUAUAAUGGCAAUUUUGUAUGCAGCAUUUUGUCAACUGUAUAAUCGUUUUAGCCUUAUAACGGUCAUGUUCUAAAUAUAAUUUUGAAAAUUUAAAAAUUACUGUGAUGUUUUAUGAAAGUUAAACACAUAUUUUUACUUUACUGGUUUUAUUACACGUUAUCCAUUUUAUUGUUCUCUUAUUAUGUUUAUCGUUAAAUUUUAUCUAUAGUUAAUACCUGAGUAUAUUAUGUCUGUUUUACUAUAAACUCUUUAUUUCUGAUAAAUAAACUCUAUUGCAAAGUU